UGGAUAAAUAAUUGAAGAAAAACAUGAAUAGAAAAACUCUUGUUACACAUUGACAUGAAGGCAUGAACAAAAAUGAAGAUGGGCUUUUACGUACUGCUGUGGGCUGCUAAACAGGACGCGCUCGACGUGAUCGAGAGUCCGACUCUGUCUCGAGCUGUCCGUUCUGUGUCGUGAACGUACUCGUUUUCGAGUCCGGAUCCAAGUCAUAUAGUCUCCCGAUACCGCAGCCUAUAUAAGUUGACGCUCAGUGGCAGACUCCACCAAACCAAAUCGCACAUACGACACGCAAAAAAGAAGUCGUAGUGGUGCCGCCUCGCGAGAAUACAAGUAAUUUGUGGCAGGUCUGGUUGCUCCUCGAUCGCCCGGCCGGCAUGGCAGCACCUAUGCCAGGCAGGCUUGCGUUCACCAGCCCCGCGGUGGCAAAGAUGAUGCGUCUCUGGAACUACGAGGAGGGCUCGGGCCUCGGCGUGCAUGGCCAAGGGAUCAUCGCCCCGAUACAGCCCACCGCGUGGCCGCAGAAAGCCGGCCUCGGCCAUCGCGACAAGCCUUACGACAACGGCCUGGACGCUCCACCGACGGCCGCGCCGGCCAACGACGAGUGGCUCCAUCAGUGGGAGGUGCUUUCACGCGCCCAGCGGCUCGAAACGGAGUGCUUCGAGAAGACCCUGGCGCUGCUGCAAGAAUUGAAGCUUCAAGGCGACGACAGCCCUGAGACGGCCGACGCCCUGGCAGCGGUCAUCAAGUCCCGGGAGGUGUUCCAGCUGGAGAAUCACACGCCGGGGAUGUGGAAAGCCGCGCUGCCUUCUUCCACCACGCGGUACAUCAUCGAGCAGAUCGUCACGCCCAAGAUCGCCAUGGGAGCGCAGGAGUGGCAGCCGGCGUGGGACCCGGACUGCCACGACUGGCUGCGCCCGUGGAUUCCCCUGAUCAGCCACCUGCCAAGGAGCCUCUACGACGCCGUGGAAGGCAAGAUCACGAGCAGGAUCGACGACUACGACGUCGUGUCGCCAUGGAAAGACUACCUCGACCCGGCGUGUUGGGACGCCUUCGCGGCGCGUCACGUGCUGCCCAAGAUCGCGCGGUUGGUGCGGGAGCUGAGGAUCACGCCGCCGAAGCAGGCCGACCGGUCGUUCCGAUGGGCGAUGCUGUGGGCGCCCCUCGUGCGCGUGCAGCACGUGGUGUCGAUCUUGGAAGACGCCGAGUUUUGGGACAGGUGGGAAGGCGCGCUGCGCCAUUGGCUGCGGUCCAGCAAGCCCUCCUUUGGGGAGGCCGACGCGUGGUGCGCCGGAUGGAAGAACCUCUUCACGCCGGAGCUGCUCGCCGACGAACGCGUGCGAGCGCAUCUCCACGAGGGCGCUGGCAUGGUCGAUCGUGCAAGGCAAGACCUUGACACUCUUGUAUUUAGUUGGUAGUUCGCAUCGUAGGUGAUUUUCUUCGUCUUGUCAAGUUGCGGGUGCUCACUAAAUGAUGUAAUGUAACGGGUAUAUCAUGCUUUGCUAUGAAUUUAUAAUAUGGUUGCUACUGAGGAGUCGCCUAUUUUUUUUAGUUAGAGAAACGAGUUUGGCCUCAGAUUUUAAUCCAACAAUAGUGUAAAAAAAUGGAGGAGUGGGAAUGACCCUCAGAUUAUAACGUGACGGCUGUGAUACGUCAACGGAGAUUUUCUAAGAGUUUUUUUAAAAAAAAACUAGGGGCCGACGGAGAA